AGAAGUUAAUAACAAAUUUCCGAAACAGACUGGAAACAGAUAAUCUCUCUUUGUCUCUGACCGUCGAAUCAGAGAUUAGGGAUUUUGUUCAUCGUUGAAGGCUUUGACUAUUCUCCUCCUCCUCCAUUGUCGAUCUCCCUUCCCUCUACUGUUUAUGGGAGACGCGAAACCCGGGAUCGUGAUGGCUAACCGAGAUCGGGAGCUUCUGAUUCCUGUCGGCGAAGAUGACAACGAUUCUACACCUAAACCCUCCUCUUCCUCUUCCUCUUCCUCCGCUGGUCAGGAGACGUUUUACAAGUUGAUAAGAAGCUGGGCAUCCAAGAAGUUCAUGACUGGAUGUGUUAUCUUGCUGCCAAUGGCCAUCACUUUCUAUGUCACGUGGUGGUUUAUUCAUUUCGUUGAUGGCUUCUUCUCCCCUAUAUAUGCUCACCUCGGAAUUAACAUUUUUGGACUUGGGUUUAUCACAUCCAUUACAUUUAUCUUCUUGGUUGGAGUGUUCAUGUCGUCAUGGUUGGGGACUUCGGUUCUUAAUUUGGGAGAGUGGUUUAUCAAGCGCAUGCCUUUUGUUCGCCACAUCUACAAUGCCUCCAAGCAAAUCAGUACUGCCAUUUCACCAGAUCAAAACACACAGGCUUUCAAAGAAGUCGCCAUCAUAAGACAUCCACGUAUUGGUGAAUACGCGAUCGGGUUCAUCACAUCCACCCUUGUUCUCCAGACUUACUCGGAUGAAGAGGAACUUUGCUGUGUAUAUGUUCCGACAAAUCACCUUUACAUCGGGGAUGUGUUCCUUGUAAGUACAAAGGAUGUGAUCAGACCAAAUCUCUCAGUUAGGGAAGGCAUAGAGAUCGUAGUGUCAGGAGGAAUGUCAAUGCCGCAAGUUCUGUCAACACUUGAUAUGAGAUCGCCUUCAGAAAGAAGUAGAAGUAGUAGAGUUGAAAGAAACUGAAGAUUAGUCCUUUGCAGAAAACAAACAGAUUCUCAAUUCUAUUUUUUUUCUCUUCAUGUCUUCUCCUUUUGGAUUCAGUUAAUUUCACAUUUGAUGUUUCAAGCAUUAGAAAGCAUUAGUGUUCUGUUCUUGAUACCAAGUCCAUUUGUGCUAACACUGUUUCUGUCUAUAUACUAGAUUCUGUUACACCUCUAAGUUAGCUUAGCUGUAAAAUAUAUUUAUUUCCUUUAAAAGCUUCUCA